AUGGAAGCGGACACGGAGCAUCCUGCCGCGGUCAUGCUGCCCCCGAAGAGCUGCCUCCCCCGGAACUACAGCUGCAUAGCCGGGCUGUUCGGGAGCCUGAGCGCCGCAAACCCCCGGCUAGAAGAUGCGGAGGAUUUUGACAUGAUGAACGGGACGUGUGAACCCAUUGACAGCGCCGUGGUGGACGAGAGGCCGCGGGGCAGGGAGAUUUUCCUCAAGCCACAGCAGAGCCCCAAUCUCCGCCGGAGGUGCAAAUCUCUGCCCACGCCCACGGAGAGAGCGAAGUUGGAAAUCGCCCGCAGAACAAGUCCAACAAGUCAGAAAAAAGUCCGGUUCGCCGACUCUCUGGGCCUGGAGCUCAUUUCCAUCAAGCAUUUCAAUGAUGCGGAUGACCCGGAGGUCCCGGAGCGCAUCCUGGCCAAACUGCCCAAAGGGACCUUCCAUCAGUUGGACACGAAAUUCCCUCGAGCCCCCUCACAGUCUGUGUUCAUGGAAUUGCAGUUCACAAACCCAGGAACGCUACCCGGCUUCCAGCAGAAAGUCAGAGAGGUGAAGGUCCUGCUGGAGACCGUGGAAGCGGACGAGUUCAACCUCUCCGGGUUCGUGCGCGUCCUGAAUUUGGCUUUCGAGAAGAGCGUCUCUCUGCGCUAUUCUCUCAACAACUGGAUAACGUUCAUGGACAGCCUGGCCACCUAUGUGCCCGAUUCAAGCGACGGCGUCACCGAUAGGUUCUGCUUCAAGAUUGUCAUGCCAACCUACCUCGACAACGGAGGCACGUUGCAAUUCGCGAUUAAGUACUGUGUCGGUGGCCAGGAGUUCUGGGACAAUAAUAAUGGGAAAAAUUACAAAGUGAGGCGUCACCAGUUCAACAUUUCUCCACCUCGGGAAUGGGAAAACGGUUGGAUUCACUUUAUCUGA